AUGGUGCCUGCACUGCUGAUUCUUUUGGGGGCUGCAGUGAUAUUGCAAGUGGACUUGGUUCCUGACAGAAAGUUUUUACUUCUUCCACCUGUCAACUUCACCAUCAAAUUUAUGGGUUUGUCUCAAGUUCUUUUGCGUUGGCACCGAAAUCCUGACCAGGAGCCAUGGAAUGUUAAUCUAGAAUAUUAUGUGAAAAUACACAGCCCACAAGAAGAUGACUACGAAACCAAGAAGACUGAAAGCAGGUGUGUAAUUCCGCUCCAUCGUGGCUUCUCGGCAAGCGUGCAGACCAUCGCGUGGUACGGGGGCUCGCUCCUGGCCAGCACCUGGGUUUCUGCAGAACUUCAAGCCCCACCAGGGGCUCCUGGGACCUCCGCCGUAAAUUUAACUUGCAUUACCACCACCACCACCACCACUGCCAUGGUGGUAGGUAAUUACACGGGUUUAAGGUCGUACCGAGUUUCUCUGCGUUGUGCCUGGCUUGCUGGAGAGGAGGCCCCUGACGACGUACAGUACUUCCUCUAUUAUAGGUAUGGCUCCGUGACAGAACAAUGCCAAGCCUACAGCAAAGACGCACAGAGCAGAAAUACCGCAUGCUGGAUCCCAAAGACGUUUAUCCACAGCAGAGGCCGUGAAUGGCUUGCAGUGCACGUGAAUGGCUCCAGCAAGCAGACUACCAUCCAGCCGUUGGAUCAGCUAUUUGCUCUACAUGCCAUUGAUCAAGUAAAUCCUCCAAUGAACCUCACAGCUGAGAUUCAAGGAACUCACCUCUUUAUCCAUUGGGAGAAACCAGUUUCUGCCUUUCCAGUCCAGUGUUUUGAUUAUGAAGUGAAAAUUUGUAAUGCAAAGAAUGGCUAUUUUCAGAUGGAAAAAGUGACAACCAAUGAAUUCAUCUCAACCACUCACGGUAUUUCUAAGUAUUCCAUUCAAGUGCGGGCCACGGUGAGCUCUGUGUGCCGUGAGCCGGGGCUCUGGAGUGAGUGGAGUCAGCCUGUUCAUGCAGGGAAUGAUGAGCAGGAGCCCUGGGCAGGAUGGUUUUUCAUUGCACUCACAGCCACGGUCUGCAUUCUCUUGUUCGUUUCCUUCCUCAUCUGCAGAGUAUACAAUUUGUGGACCAAGUUGUUUCCACCAGUUCCAGCACCCAAAAGUAACAUCAAAGACUUCUUUGUGAUCACUAACUAUGAGAAAACUGGUUCCAGUGGUACAGAACUUGAAGUUGUAAGUUAUGUGGAAGAAUGUGGAAUGGAGGUCUUGGAACACUCUGUGUUUUGAUGGUCACUGUGGCAUUCUCAAGCAACACUCUCACGCAUGAUUCUGCAAUAAGAAUAGGACUGCUGUUUCUUGGACAACAGGUGUUCAGAAUUUACUGCAUAUACAGUGUAGCCACAAGACAAUACCUUAGGAUGGAUAGGUCUGAAAGUGUGCGUGCUUCAUCAAGAUCUCCCUGCUCUUGGC